AUGCUCAUGAGUACUAGGCAAACCGCUUUCAUAGCCCAGCAGCGUCUCGAUAUUUUAUCUCAUAUUACAUCUGCUGUAUCAAAAACGGUCGGAAGCAUAUCGGCUGAUAUGGCAAACGUAACUGUGGAUAUCCGCUCAAUUCGGCUUGAUCAAGAAGAAAGCGUAAUGGCGGAUAUAUAUGCUUGGCUGACACCCCUUACGACGAUUUUUCGAAACAAACACCAAGAAAGCCUCUCAAUCAAGGACCGUCAAGACAGUGGUGCUCAGCAGCUGCUGCAGCACCAGCAAUUCGAGACAUGGGUGGCCUCGACUGGCAGUAUCCUAUGGUGCACUGGUUUGCCUGGUAUUGGAAAGACGAUAAAUGCGUCUUAUAUAAUUGAAGCACUGCGAAAACAGAGUCGUGGCGGCGAUCUUGGUAUUGCUUUCGUCUAUUUCAGUUACAAAGAUAUCGAGACUCAGACCCCAGUCAAUGUGAUGGCCAGCAUUCUUCAGCAGCUGGUUUCCGACAAACCAAGCCAUCUCCCAGACCUGAAGAAGUUACAUGCUCAACACACCAGACAAAACACGCGACCAUCCGUUACCGACAUAGUCUUGCUUCUUCAAGAUGCUGUUCUUAGCUUUUCCAGGGUUUUUAUCAUUAUUGACGCAUUGGAUGAGUGUACAGACGCUGACGACGCCCGAUUUAUACUUUUGACAGAGUUGAAGAAAUUACAGCAUCGAAUGUGUUUACUUGUCAUGUCUAGGCUGAUUCCUGAUCUAGAACAGCUCUUGGAGGGCGCUACCCGUCUCAAUGUAGAAGCCAGCCUCAUCGACAUCAAGAACUAUCUCCAGCAGCGGCUUGAAAGCACACGAAGCAUGCAAAGACAUCUUGGAGAGGAACCAAGACUACGGGAUAGGAUAAUAUCGGUCAUCGUCCAGAAAAUCAAGGGCAUGUAG